AUGGCGAUCAAACUUGAUGACUUCAAGCCAGACUCCUGGAAGUUCUGGGUCAUUAACUUUACUAUAAAAAUGCUCCUAGCCUUCACCACUAGGAACAUGUUUUACCCUGACGAGCACCAGCAAGGGGUAGAAAUAGCGUAUGAUAUGGUCUAUGGCGGAGGUAAUCUCACUUGGGAAUGGGACCCAAACUACGCUCUUAGGCCAAUUCUGCAUCCGCUCAUCUAUGCAGCUGUUUUUAAACUUCUAAAUUCCCUCGGACUUGACUACUCAGUGAUGAUAAUCUAUGUCCCAAACAUUAUUCACAUCUCAUUAUGGCUCAUUGGGGAUUAUUACAUGCUUAAAGUUUGCCAAAAAUUGUAUGGCUCACAAGUUGCAAAGAUCAUGAUCUUUCUGAACAUGACUUCUUGGUACUCCGGAACCUUGAUGCCUCGAACUUUUUCAAACACAAUCGAAGCGUCCUUGCUACCAAUGGCUCUUUAUUUCUGGCUGAAAAUAGAUGGGAAAAAUAACAAAAUAAUUGAUCAAGAUGCUAUAUACCUGACAGUGAUAAUUUGAAUAUCAUUUAUCCUUCGAAAUACGAGCAUUGUACCGUGGCUACCAGCAAUGAUGUGGAAAGUAUUUUACCACAAGACAUUCCAAAAGUUUCUAUUUUGAGGGCUGUUCAUAGCUAUCCCAACCUUGGCUGGUUCGUGUCUGCUAGAUAGCUGGUAUUACGGAAAAUACACAUUGACAGCGUACAAUUUCCUUGAGUUUAAUGUACUGUCAGGGAAAUCCUCUUAUUUUGAGACAAAUUCAAGCUUGAACUAUAUCUUGUCAUAUCCUUUAACACAAACACUAACUUGAUAUCCCCUUUUGUGCUUUGGAAUGUGGUGUAAUUUUAAGAUUCAUCGGUCAAACAAAACUUUCCCAUUGUUGCUCAGUAUUUUUACUAGUUAUACAAUUGUUUUGAGCCUCAUCGGUCAUAAAGAAAGCAGGUUCAUGCUUCCAUUAUUUUACAUAACUUGUACAUUUAUAGCUCUUGGUAUCCAGAAUUUACUAGCUGUGAAAUCUGAACGUCUGAAGGUGAUAAUCAUAGGCUUAAAAGCAUGUAUAAUCAUUCUCAUAUUCUGUUCACUAUUCGCUUGGCUGCACUUGAACCAAUACAUAAAUUUAGCUUACAAGGCAAAUUCAUUUACCACAGCAUUUGUGUCAAACCAGAUGUCUUCGAAAACGCUCUGAGAUUUACAUCAAAAGGAAGCCCCAAGCUCUGAGAGAAUAAGAAUUCUCCCCUGGCAUCCUACUUUCUACACUCCUAGCUCACCACAAGCUUACAGCCUCGGCUACCUCGACAAGACAGGGAGGGAUCUUCAAGAGAAAUACAUGUCGAUGUUACUUCAACAGGAUAUCUGGAACUUCACAGAUCAGAAUCUACCAGAGUAUCUCUCUCUAGUCUCAUCAGCUAACCCAAUAACUAUGAAGAAGACCCACAAAACAAUAAUGAACAUGUCUACACAAGUUGGCUCAGUUAGGUACCACUACAAGCCUGUUGACAAAUAUUUUGUAGGUAUUGAUGACAGGAGACCUCUCGAAGGCCCAAAGGCACUUGUCAUUGAGUACCUGGUAGUAUACCGCCUUAUUCAGGAUCAAUAGCCUAACCGUCAAAAAUUAAACCAGGAUUUCAAAAAUUGAACA